AAUUUCGAAGGCUAUUGUCUGAAUUUCAUGACGUCAUUCCCGCCGCUUCAGGUUGCAAUGUGGUUGAAGUUGUGGACAGUUGAGUUUUCAAAACUGAAUCGUAGCAUCCUAUGCUUCCGAGGUACUACUUUGUUUCGUGAAGUUGAAAAUAAGAAGAGAUGGAAAAUGGAUGGAGAGCUAAACGUAUUUGAUGAUCCAAAUGAUUGGCCUAGAGACUUUCAAGAACUGCGCAAUCUGGACAACCUUCUCAGAUGCUCGAUUUGCUAUGAAUACUUCAAUAUUGCUGUUUUUGCAACAGGGUGCUGCCACAACUAGGCAAUGAGAGGGCUGAACCCCCACAAUACUUGUCACAACAAUUUUCACAAGACUGUUAGAGCAUUUAUCAAAGAAUAAAAGAAAACUAAUCUCCUCUUCAGAUUGUUCAUUAUGCGCACACAAGCAUAUCUCCUACAAAGCACAGUGCCCAUCCUGUCCAGCAGAAAUGCUGCAGAGCCAUUUGAAGUGCAACAGAGUUCUGGAUGAAAUUGUCAAAGUAUUUGUGACUCUAAGGCCAAAACUGUUGAAAAUUUUGAAGGAAUACAAAGCAAUAAAAGAAAGAGAAGCAUCAAAGAGCCCCUUUUUAAAAAGAGGUCUAAGUAAAUCGCCACAAAAUAAGAGGAAAGAGGACUCUCCAAGAAAAAAAUUCCUUUCUCCGCGAAAAAAGAGGUCAACAAAGAAAGUUGUCUAUUCCAAUGAAACAUCUGACAGUGAGACAGUUUUCAGUUUAAGAGAGACAUCUGACAGUGAUUUUGAGCCUAGCUCAUUCAGAAAACGGAAAAGGCAAGGAAGCUUUGCUGGGAGUAGGACUUUGACUUUGACAGAAUCAGGGUCAGAAGCAAGGAGUGACCAUGAUCCGGAUGACGUCAGAUUUGCAUCUUGCCCUGUUUGUAACGAAUCAGUGGACAAAAAGAAAAUUAAUUCGCAUUUGGAUCGUUGUCUUGUUAAAGCAUCUGGUAAAACUCGUGAAAGUUUGAGGCCCAAAUCAAAGAGCUGCUCGAUGCUGCAGCACGCAACUAAGCGGUGCAAAGUUGCAGAAGCAUCUGACACAGAUCUUUCUGAUGCCAAAAUUGAUAGUGAUAAUGGCUGCCCACCCUCAAAUAUUUUCGCUGCCAUUGAUGCCUACGAAAUGAGCGAAUCCCUGCUAACAAACAAUUCGCAUGCAGUCACUGCGCCCGAAGAGGUUUUGCCUUCUGCAUGCCAAGCUUCAACUGUCGCUGAAGACGAUGGCACAUCUGAUCAUCAAAAGCAAGCCGCCGAGUCCGAUCGGUCAACUGCUCCAUUCAAAUUGCAGGCUUCAAAUGAGCUCUUACCAGAGAUCCCUGCUGAACGCCGCAAGAAACUGCCGCCUUUGGUUUUCAACGGGAUGACUGAAGCGCAGCUCAGAAAGAAGCUCAGGGGGUACGGGCUGUCCUUCAAAGGGAAUAAAAAGACCCUGGAAACCAGGCUGAAAAAAUACUUCCUUUUACACAACUCCGAGUGCGAUGCCAUUGACCCUAUGCCAGUUAAACAGAUCAUCAAGAAUAUCGAGACUCAAGAAGCAAACCAAAAGAAGCUGGAUCAAGGAGCUGUUCUGGUAAAAACAUUUGAUUGCUCAAAGACAGCCCAAGAAAAAGAGGAUUUUAACAAAAAUUACUUGAUAAAGCACGACAACCAAUUUAAACAGCUGAUAAGGGAAGUUGCGAGCAGGACCCUCAGAGGAAAAUCCCAUAACAAGGCCAUUGAGAAGGAUGCCAUUUCGUCACAGUCUUCGUCGAUUGCCACUUUGAAACAAAUCACGGCUCCGGACGGAAGCGGAGGAAUACAAGAAACAUCAGAAGACGAAGCAAAUGUAACGAAAAAACAGGGUUUUAUAGAAACUGGAAUCCAUAAUCAACCGACUGUAGAGUCACCAUUAAAUCCUGUAGAACAAUUUACUUUCAGUGGGGCAGGGAAAAUGCCAGAAACAUCACAAGGGGAAGGAAACAGAAAAACAGACAGAAGUCUGAUAAAUACCGAGGAUGAGAAGGAUUCAGAAAAGAACAUUGAUAAGCAGUCUGGCAUUAAAAUGCUGCAUCGAGCAGUGAAGGAGGCAUUAGCUUUUGUUAAAGACGAUAUUCUCAAAACUCCUAAUCGCGACAUGACUUCUGAUAGACCGUCAAGCAAGCCUGCACGUGCCUUGGCUCCCCAUAAUGCAACUGAGAGUCGAAGUUGUAAUAUAGCGCAUGUAGGUAAUAGUAGCUCUGCCAGGAGAAAAUUGGCAUUAGGAGAAAGUUCACAGGAGAAGGGUAUAGAUGAUGAAUGCCAAGAAACUGAUGUUGUCUCGCGUAAUCUAGGAGCUGUGGAAAAUGCCGACAAGGAAGAGAAUAAAAAAGUCUCUACAGUUGCUGCUGAAAACCCCGUUGAAGCUUCUUGUAGCUUCUUUUCACCCAAUAAACGUGUUCGUAUGUUGCCGGAGAAUGCAAGCACACCUUUGAAAGCCAGUAGACCUGAUGCGUCUUAUGAAAAUCCGCUGGUGAUACACGACUCUGGUAGUGACUCAGAUUGGAGCGAUUCAGAGCUGACAGUUAGCCCAUUUGUAAGAACCAAAAACACAAGUCACUUGACCUCUGCAAAUCAAAAGAUCACAAGUGAAACAUCCAACGCAGAUCGUCCCAAGUUAAAAAACAAGUCUUCUGAUUUAAAGCCCACAGCUGGUUCAAGUUUAAAAUCAAGCCAAAGAAAAUUGACCUCAUCGAAAAAAGGAAAGAGCAAAGAUAUGCCGAGGAUCAAAUGUCGUAAUAUUCAAUCGUUUUUCGUGAAAAGACAAGUUGAUGACAGCACCAAUAAUGCAUCAGGUUUUGAUUUAAAGAAUAAAGAAGAACAGCAAACGCCUGACGGUAGCUACAAUUCUAGUGCAUUGUUGUUUGACGAUACGAGCAGCGAUGGCUUGUGAUUGGCACACUUCGAAUUCGCAGUUACCAUCAAUAAGAAUAUCUUGAUGUCACCAUCAAGAUAGAAAGACACGUUUUAAAACCUCAAUCCUUGAUAAUGUACUGGAACACAAACACACAGUUUCAACAAUUUGACAACGUUGUCCUUCCUCAAAUUAUGGUAUUCUGAAUUUCGUUAUUGGCUGGUUGCCGGAGGGAAGGGAGACCAAUUUGACAGCAGUUUUGAUCACGUUUGGAACUGGUUAAAAUCUGAGGCCUAAACUUACGUCACAAAAAUCUAGUUUUAGAAUUUUUCAUUUUUGACCUAGAUAAAGCAUGAUUAAAAACCUCUAAAUAUGCAAAAUCAGUUGACUGUGUUUCAAAUUGAAUGAAAUAUGCCAACAAGCUUUUUCCCCGUCAAACCGUGAAAUGGAGGAGACCAGUCUGAAAGCGGCCUCAAAGAGUUAAAAUUUUAGAGAAUAGCGAUUUCUGCGAGCGGCUGGGCUUAUCUUUCAAUUUCUACCUUCAUAUAAGUAGCUAACGUAUACAUUGAUGGUUCUUGGCAACUCUCUUACCAAAUACAUUCCUAUGGAAAUAUAUAUUACGAGGUGCAAGUCUUUCUCAAGUACUGCCUGGGCCUAAAUGUGCCAUAAAUCUAACUACGUAUCUUUAUAUGUACAAGGGCAACAAAAAUUACUGAAAAACAUUAUUUAACAUAAAACAUCACCUAAAAUAAACUAAAAAUUACACAGCAUGAUGCAAUCCUAACGAGGGGUUAUCCUACAACAAAAAAGCGGAUGGCUGCGAGGUGCUGUGUCAUGAACACCGAGCAUUCGAAGCAAAGGGGAUUUCUUAAGAUUCGUUGCAUAGAAGAAAUAGCUUUGUAUGCCGAAUAAAGUGAGGCGUAUUUAUUAAAUACACCAGUGCUUAGGUUGGCACUAAUUUAGCUGCCUUGCAAAACCACUAUAAUUUGGUCUUGGUUCAUAACUUUACACACCAGGCCAGAAUAACAUUAUUCUGUUAGCAAAUUUGAAAUCUUUUAUUGGCCUAAUCUCGCCCAUUUUGAAGCACAUUUAGCUGAUUUUGCAAGUAUGGAGGUAUUUUAGUUGUUAUUUCAAAUUAUCUCAUAUGGUCAAAAUUAAGAAAUUCUAAAAAUAGAUUUUUGAUGACGUCACAUGUUGGUACUCUAUAAGGGCCUAACCUAGAUAUCCUCGACCCUGGGGGCAUCGAAUGGACUCCAAAGUCAUAAGAUAUCCAUAAAAAGGUAAAAUCCUAUCUUUUGGAAUCGUUUUUAAAAAGUUUCCUGUGCUGUACUGUAUAUUAUUGCGCAUGCGUCACUUUUGUAUCCCAUAUUGGCUGUCAGGUGAAUUUUUUCCCAUUAUUUAUUGUCAGGGUGAAGUAUUGUUAUAUGCUCGGAUGAUCCUCGUUGGUACGGGGUACAGGCUUCAAACCUGUGGCCGAUUAGCGUCGGAGUGGUUCGAUUCCACCUUCUGAGCGUCCAGAAAAAUAUAAUUUUCUUUUUGUUUCGCAAAUAGCAAGGGUGCUGUCCUAAAAGUCAGGAAAGGGGUUAUGCUUAAAGGCAAAUUCAAGAGGCCUUUGUGUGUAGAAAUCGUUCAAACUUUUCGAUGACACAAAAAGACUGAUAAGAAAUUGCCCAUUUUAAGGAGUUGAUGAUAUAUAAAGUGUUGCCAACACAUAAUUUGUCCAACCAAGUAUGGACCCACUUGUUAAGGCUGAGCCCCCUAAGUUAAGGUUGAGCCACCCCCUUCCAAACUUUCACUCGAGACUGUUGAGGCACACGAGUUACCAGGUGUCCACUGGCACCGCGGAGCAGGGGGGCUGGGGGGGGCUUUGGCCCAAAAUUGCAGAAAAUGCCAAAUAUUAAGUAUCAAACUACCAGAAAAGCCUCUUUUUAUACGGUUUUAGCCCCCCCCCCUUUUUUUAGACCUCUAACUUUUCUCAACGAUCCGCGGUGCCUGGUCCAAGAUUGUAUAUAGAAACAAAUGCCAAUUGGUAGCAUAUUUACCAUAAGAUUUUUUCUAGCAACAUUUUUUCUAGCAAAUGCGUCAAAUCAGUCUCAAACUUGAGAAAAUAGAAUGUUUUCUAAUAGAGAUUUCAGAUGUUUUGUAUGGACUAAGUUAGUAUUCUGAUACGUAAAGGAGAUUUUUUAUGUUUUUUUCAUGCCUUUUGAUAAAGUUUUGCAGUAUAGAAACACUGUUCGUCAAAUUGAUUAAAUUUGUUUGUAUUUUCCUAAAGUGUAAAUGCAUGUUCCUAUUGUGUUCUCCAAUAUAAACCAUGGGCGUUCCAUUCAUACGAAACGCGGCUACAAUGCAUUUUCACGACGACUGUUUUUACGAUAAACGAUUUUUCUUCUUGCUAAUUCAUAUAGAGCUUCUUACUUUAAAGUUGUUUAUGAUAUUCUUAAUAGUUAUAAGCAGACUUCUAAGCAAUUUAUCGCUUUUAAAGCAUGUUUGCUAAUUCAGGUAUGCAUUUUAAUGUAGCUCACAUAAUAUGCUGACGUAAAAAUUGUAUUCUAUUAUACUGAAUUCUGAUUGGUAGAAAUUGUUGGAUUGCGUAAAUUAUAGGUGUAUAACACGUCCGUUGCAAUGUAGGAGAAGGAACAAGAGAUUAAUGAAUAGUAACGAGGUGUACGAAGUAGGGAAAAUUCUGUUCCAAUUUCCAGCCAAAUCAUUUAAUGCCCGAAAUCGAGCAGAAUUAAGUCCAAAUAAAGUAACUAUUUCAAAAACAGUGUGGAGAACUCUGUUUCCCGAGCACCAUUCCCUCUCCCUCCUUUUCCCUCCUUCUCCCUCCCCCUCCCUCUCCCCCUCCCUCUCCC